GGGGCUCCUGUCGGUGGACACAUCCUGAGCUACCUGAUUGAGAAAUCCCGUGUGGUGCACCAGAACCCCGGGGAGCGCAACUUCCACGUCUUCUACCAGCUGCUGGAGGGGGGCGAGGAGGAGCUGCUGGAGGGCCUGGGCCUGGGACGCAGCCCUCAGAAGUACUCGUACCUGGUGCAGGGAGGCUGUGCCAAAGUGUCUUCCGUUAACGACGGCAGCGAUUGGAGAACAGUCCAGAAAGCCUUCGUGGUCAUCGACUUUGCCCCGAGAGAUAUCGAGAAUCUCCUGGGCAUCAUUGCCAGUGUCCUGCACCUGGGCAACAUCCAGUUUGAAGAAGACAGCAACGGCCACGCCAUCAUCACCAACGGCACUCAACUCCACUGGAUCUCCAAGCUUUUGGGCGUCCCCCUGUCCAUCCUUCAAGAAUCUCUGACCCACAGGAAGAUCGAGGCGCGGUUUGAAGAGGUUUUAAGCCCGCUGGAUGUGGACCUGGCAUUCUACGCCCGUGACGCCGUGGCGAAAGCCAUCUACGGACGGACCUUUGCUUGGCUGGUCAGCAAAAUCAACGGCUCUUUAGCAAACAGGGACUUCAGCAGGAAAACCGUGAUUGGGCUGCUGGAUAUUUAUGGCUUCGAAGUCUUUGAGACCAACAGUUUUGAACAGUUUUGUAUCAACUAUUGCAACGAGAAACUCCACCAGCUGUUGAUCGAGAUGACUUUGAAGGCAGAACAGGAGGAAUAUGAGCUGGAAGGCAUUGAGUGGGAACCGGUUCCAUAUUUUAAUAACAAGAUCAUAUGUGACCUCGUGGAGGAAAAGCACAAAGGCAUCAUUUCCAUACUGGAUGAAGAAUGCUUGCGGCCCGGUGAAGCCACUGACCUGAGUUUCUUGGAAAAACUGGAGGAGAAAGUAGGAGACCAUGCCCAUUUUGUGACUCGAAAGCUUGCAGACCUGAAAACCCGGAAGUCCAUCGACUGGGUGGACUUCCGCUUGCUUCACUAUGCGGGAGAAGUGACCUACUGCACAGUGGGAUUUUUGGAGAAAAAUAAUGAUCUGCUUUACCGGAACCUCAAAGAGGUGCUGUGCAAUUCCAAAAACGGCAUCUUGAAAGAAUGCUUCCGCUCAUCGGAGUUGCACAACCGGAGGAGGCCAGAGACGGUUGCAGCGCAGUUCAAAGCCAGCCUGUCCAGUUUGAUAGACAUCCUGAUGUCCAAGGAACCCUCCUACAUCCGGUGCAUUAAACCCAACGGGGACAAAGAACCUGACAAAUUCGACGACUCCUUGAUAAGACACCAGGUGAAAUACCUGGGUUUAAUGGAGCACCUUCGGGUGAGGAGAGCCGGCUUCGCUUACCGUCGGAAGUACGAGCACUUCCUGCAAAGGUACAAGUCUCUCUGCCCGGAUACCUGGCCCCAGUGGAGAGGCCCUGCCGCCAAGGGAGUGGAGAAGCUCAUCCAUCACAUCGGCUACAAGCCCGAAGAGUACAAGAUGGGAAGGACCAAACUCUUCAUUCGUUUCCCGAGGACGCUGUUUGCCACCGAAGAUGCCUUUGAACAUCGGAAGCACCUCCUGAGCUUCGUUCACCGGAGGGAGCCCCUGAACGCCCACAACGUGGACUUUGUGAGGUUUGUGCAGUACACCUACCUCAUGAAACUCAGGGAUCACAUUCCAAAGACCGUCUUGGACAAAAGCUGGCUUAAGCCUCCAGAGAUCAUGCAACAAACCUCUGCUCUUCUGAAGACCAUCUGCAAAAGGAACCUUGUCCGGAGAUAUUGUUGUGGAAUGAGCGCAGAGAAGAAGGCCCAGAUGGAGCAGAAAGCUGUUGCCAGUGCAAUCUUCUCCGGGAAGAAGGUCGGCUACGUGGAAAGUCUGAACCAGCCCUUCCUCCACAGCCGACUGGGGGAGAGCGACCUCUGCCCCAAAGUCCUGCAGAUGAUCCGCCACGAGAAGGUCCAGUAUGUCACCCCAGUGGUCAAAUACGACCGGAACGGCUUCAAACCCCGAGAGCGACUGCUUGUCCUGACCCGCGUGGCAGCUUACGUGGUGGAGACGGCCAAGAUCAAGCAAAAGAUCGAGUACGCCACCCUCAAAG